GAGUUAUUCUCCUUUCUGUUUUCUGGGUUAUCAAAUAGAUUUUCUCGUGUGAAAAAGCUUUGAAUAUUCUGAUGUUAAUGCUCGGAUUGAAUUGCAUUUCCGCUUGAUUUAGAUAAAAAUGAUAAGUGUCCACAGCUUUUACAAGCAACCACCUACAAGAAUCUCCACACCCUCUCAGAACAAGUUGUUAAGGCAGGGUCCUAGCAGCCAAGCACAUAUCUCAGGCAGGGUCAUAGCAGCCAAGCACAUAUCUCAGUUCAGUGAAGAAGUGCGUUCUCCAUUUGUGAAGAAGAAGUACGUUCAAUUGCAGGUUAACAGAAUCAGGGAACUUCCACAACAUAUGUUUUGGAUGGCAAAUCUGUUGGCCCUCUUCGUCUUGGGAGUCACAAUCCUCACAGCUUCUCUGGGUAUUAUGAUGGUUGAUGGGUUAGGUGUGAACUGGGGAACAAUGGCAACACACAAGCUGCCACCAAAGACAGUGGUUAAGAUGCUAAAGGACAAUAACAUCAACAAGGUUAAGCUUUUCGACGCGGACGAGACCACCAUAGGCGCUCGGGUCUCGAAGUGAUGGUCGCUAUUCCCAAUGAUCAGCUUAAGGUCAUGGGAAGCUACGAACGACCGAGCCAAGGACUGGGUUCGCAAGAAUGUCACUCGUUACAACUUCAGUGGCGGUGUCAAUAUCACGUUUAUGGCUGUUGGGAAUGAGCCAUUCCUCAAAUCAUACAACGGAUCAUUCAUAAACCUCACGUUCCCUGCACUUCAAAACAUCCAAAACGCAUAAAACGAAGCCGGGCUAGGAAACUCCGUCAAGCAACGGUCUCUUUAAACGCCGACGUCUACGACUCGCCAGCGAGCAACCCCGUGCCAUCCGCAGGAAGGUUCCGUCCCGACAUCAUCGCUCAGAUGACUCAGAUCGUCGACUUCCUUGGCAAGAACAACGCUCCCAUCACGUUCAACAUCUACCCUUUCCUGAGUCUCUACGGCAACGACGACUUCCCACUCAACUACGCCUUCUUCGACGGAGCUCAGCCUGUAGAUGACAACGGCGUCGCUUACACGAACGUCUUCGACGCGAAUUUCGACACCUAGGUGUCGUCUUUGAAAGCUGUUGGCCAUGGAGAUAUGCCUAUUAUCGUCGGAGAAGUCGGCUGGCCAACAGAGGGUGACAAACACGCAAACACCGGUGAUGCUUACAGAUUCUACAACGGGCUUUUACCGAGGCUUGGAACAAACAAAGGCACACCAUUGAGACCUACCUACAUUGAGGAUGCCAAAAGUAUAGCACCUGGAGACUUUGAGCACCAUUGGGGACUAUUCAAAUUCGACGGGCAACCUAAAGUUUCCUAUUGAUCUCUCGGGUCAAGGACAGAACAAGAUGUUGGCCAGUCCGCAGAAGGCAGAACGUGACGUAUCUACCAAACAAGUGGGGUGGUGUAGUCUUAAUCCAAAAGCUAAAAACAUAGAUUUCGCCUGCACUUACUCCGAUUGCACGGCUCUUGGCUACGGAUCGCCUUGCAAUGGUCUUGAUGCGAAUGGGAACGCUUCGUAUGCGUUUAACAUGUACUUUCAGGUGAAGAACCAGGACGAGGAGGCUUGUAUCUUCCAAGGUUUGGCCACCAUUACCACACAGAAUAGAUCCCAGGGACAAUGCAAGUUCCCUGUUCAGAUUGUUGAUUCUUAGUUUUCUUCCUCUUGCUUGACUUUCUCUUUUUCUUUGGUUUUGUUCAUUGCCGCAGUUAGGAGAUAGAGAAUAUUAUAAACAAGAGUAUUUUUUCAAAAUCUAAUUACAAUAAAGAGCAUUUUGUGCAA